AUGGCAUCCAACUUAGAGACCCCACCUCCUGAUCAUCCGACUUUCCUCCUCUCAUAUCCUUCACCAGGAGUACUGGUUGUAACUAUCAACAGGCCGAAGCAGAUGAACUCACUUCCGAGUGCUGCACAUUGGGAAGCACAAUCUCUUUUCACAUGGUACGACCAUGAACCUUCACUUCUCGUAGCCAUCAUUACAGGAUCCGGUCUCAAAACGUUUUGCUCAGGUCAAGAUCUCAUCGAGCAAAACCAAUUCAAGAUUAACCCCCCGCCAAUGCAAAUGCGGAGGCAUCCUCCAGCUGGAUUCUGUGGUAUUAGUAGGAGAACUGGGAAGAAACCUAUCAUUGCUGCUGUAAAUGGUUUUGCACUAGGUGGCGGGAUGGAGAUUGUUCUAAAUUGUGAUAUGACAGUCGCUUCCCCGACAUCCUCCUUCUCUCUCCCAGAAGUGAAUGUAGGUCUAUACGCCGCAGCCGGCGGUCUCCCCCGUCUAGUACACACCCUCGGCAUGCCACUCGCCUCCGAAAUAGCCCUCACAGGCCGACGCCUAACCGCAACCGAAGCUCUCUCCUUCCAUCUCAUCAACCGGGUCUCAUCGUCCCCCGAAUCUCUUCUUGAUGAAACCAUCGACCUAGCCAAGAAAAUCGCCGCGCAGAGUCCGGAUGCGGUGAUAGUUACCAGGGCUGGGUUGAGAGAGGCGUGGGAGACAGCUAGUGUGGAGAAUGCGACGAAGAGGGUGAGUGAGAGGUAUGAUAAAGGGAUUUUUGAAGGGGAGAAUGUCGAGAUUGGGUUGAAGGCUUUUAAGGAUAAGUCGAAGCCGGUUUGGAAGGCUAGUAAAUUGUGA